AUGGGCGCUUGUUUGGUAUACUUGUAUGCUAAGUUAUCUGAAGGAUGUAUGUGGAAGACGAAGCAUGUGACAGGAAGUAUCACACUUUUAACGCAUUUUGCACACAUCUCUGGCUGGCCACUUGAGCCAACUUAUAUCGAGGAUAAGCCGCGUGCUUCUGCUUUCUCCCCGCUCAGAGGGAACCAGGCGAUAGAGCCGUUCAGGGUGUAUAUUGAUCGCUUGGUCUUUGAGGAUAUACAAUUCCAUUGUUACAUCGAUCACCAUGAGACAAUUCCUUUUAAUGACAUUGACUUAUACUUGGGGUGGUUGGCUUGCAGGUCGCGUUUGACGGCUCUUCAUCUUCCUGAGCGUGUCAUGCGUCAGUUAGGCUACAUGCAGUUUAUUCCUAAAGACCCUUUUGUGUCUACUCCUCUCACUGUGAAACAUGAGGAUAUGAAUGUUAUGUUUGAUUAUUAUGUCAAUCAUCUGGUACCAGAUGAGCCACAAAAUACCAUAGCACCGAACGACUAG